GAUAUUUUUACUGAUUUCCAUUUUUAUUGAAGAUAUCAAGAUGCCUUCAGCUGAUGAGUUGAGUCCUCGAGGUGAGAAGCGUGAAGCUGAGGAGGAGGAAGAGGAGUCGAGUGAAGAUGAUAUGGUGGGACCAAGUAUUCAGGACGCAGCGCCCCUCAAGAAGAAAAGAGUACUGGAAUAUGAGGUAGUCUAUUUAGAAAACCUGCCGAGUGGUGAGAACUAUGAGAAGAGUUUCAUGCAUCGUGAUACAGUUACUCAUGUUAGAGUCACUCAUACAGACUUUAUCAUCACAGCCAGCCAGGACGGUCAUAUCAAGUUCUGGAAGAAAUUGGAGGUUGGAGUAGAAUUCGUUAAACAUUUCCGUGCCCAUCUGUCUCCAAUUGUGGAGCUUGCUGUUAACUCCACGGGAACCCUGCUCUGUACAGUAUCUGCAGAUAAAGCUGUCAAGGUUUUUGAUAUUGUUAAUUUUGAUAUGAUCAAUAUAAUCCAGCUGGGCUACGUUCCUUCGACAGCUGCAUGGAUUCACAGAGCUGGUGAUCCUAUUCCUGAACUAGCAGUUGCUGAGAUGGAAUCAAACAAAAUCCACGUGUACGACGGAAAAGGAGGAUCAACUCCAUUGAAGAGUCUGGAAAGUAUUCACAUGAAACCUGUCAGAACAAUCCUGUACUCAGACAUUCAUGAUAUUGUCAUAUCUGCGGACGAAGGAACAAGACAAAACCAAAUGAUGAUAAAGCGUGUUGGAGACACUGAGUCUUGGGGUGGGGGGAGUAAUGUUAGAUUUGAGUCGAAAGUAGAAACUGAUCUUUAUGAGUUCGCCAAGAAUAAAACUGUUCCUCUAAACAUGACCCUUUCUCCGAGUAACGAUGUUUUCGCCACAUUUGCUGCAGACAGAAAAAUUCGAAUAUUUAGAGUUCUGACCGGCAAGCUGAGCUGUGUUAUCGAUGAGAGUUUACAGAACUACUCCGAGCUACAGCAGGUGAGUCAAAUCCUUCCUGCCAUGGAGUUUGGGAAAAAGAUGUCGAUAGAAAAGGAAAUCUCUAGACUUCCUUGCAUGAAGUACAACAAUCUGGCCUAUGAUGAGAGUGGAAAUUUCCUCAUAUAUUCCUCCCUGAUGGGAAUCAAGUUUGUUAACCUCACCACACAGAAAGUGUCUCGGCUUCUAGGGCAGAGGGAGCACAUCAGACCUCUAGCCAUAGCGCUCUUCCAGGGUCGACCGAAGUCCCUGACUGGAACAGCGACAACAGUUGAGAUGGAAGCCAGUGAUAAUCCAAACCUAGUUGAUCGUGGUACGGAUCCUACUUUAGUUGUUGCAGCUUACAAGAAAAACAGAUUCUACCUGUUCAGCUGCAGGUCACCUCGUGACCUCUCUAGUGUGGAUAACGACAGGGAUGUAUUCAAUGAGAAACCAAGUAAAGAGGAUAUUAUCUCCGCUACUGAAGAAAAGGGAACUCCUAGACUAUACACCAGUGCUACUAUUCAUACUACAAUGGGAGAUAUCCAUGUAGAACUAUAUCCUAAGGAAUGUCCGAAGACAAUUGAAAAUUUCUGUGUGCACGCGCGGAAUAGUUACUAUAACGGUCACGUGUUCCAUAGAGUUAUAAAACAGUUCAUGAUACAGACAGGAGACCCACUCGGAACAGGAACUGGAGGAGAAUCUAUCUGGGGAGGAGAAUUCGAGGAUGAAUUCAGUCUCAAGCUUAGACAUGAUAGACCGUAUACUCUGAGUAUGGCGAAUGCUGGACCUAAUACUAACGGAUCCCAGUUCUUUAUCACAGUCUGUCCCACACCUUGGUUAGAUAAUAAACACACAGUCUUUGGAAGAGUUGUCCGUGGGAUGGAAGUUGUCCAAAACAUUGGGAAUGCAAAGACGCACCCGAAAACAGACAAACCGUACGACGACAUAUCCAUGGUUUCAAUCACGGUGAGGAACCCGUACACUGUCUAGCUACUUGUACCUCUAAUACUUUCAGA